CGAGGGUCCGCGCGAGCGCUUUCCCCAUGCGGGACGCCCUGCUUACGACCGGGCCCGUGCCGAACACGGCCGACGAGUCCUCGGGGCAGUUCACGCUCCAGAUCGUGAGGACCGACGUCCCGCAGGCAGCCGUUCGGCAUCACGCUGGCCGCCGAGCCGAGGACGGGACGGGCCGCCUGGGACACCGAUCGCGAGGACGCUGUCGAGCAGCCUGGGCAGGAGGGACCCGAGGCCAGGCCGAAGGCGGCUGCGGAGGGCGCCGAGGGGGAGCGGCCGCGGCAGCAGUCGGGACAGGACGACCCGCCAGGCCCCUCGCAGAUCGCGUCCGCCGGCAGCUGCGAAGAGGCGGAGGCCGAGCGCGCGGGCCCGCCAGGACCGGACGACAGCCAGGAGGAGUUCGCCAGCCGCCAGGCGAGCGAGGCCAGCACCGAGGGCCGCCCCUGCGCGUUCGAGGAGGCCCCUGGCGCCGCUGGACCGGACUGCGUCUGGGCGAUCAAGGAGAAGACCUGCCCCACUUCGGCCUUCGCCAGGGCGACCGCCUCCUGCGUGCCAACGGCGCGCCUAUCUCCGAGCUCGAGGCGUGCAAGGCCGCGCUCGGGAGCUCCAUGACUCUGGUGCUCCAGCUGCGGAGGCCACCUCCCCUGGGCCCCGUCCUGCGCCUGGACGAGCUGCGGCCCGGCGCCGACGGCCUCGCGCCGCAGGAGGCCGCGCGGGACGCUGGCGCGGCGGCAUGGUUGGGGGAGUUCGUGAGCAGGCUCGGGUUCGAUUCUUGCCGCGCCCCUGGCAGCGUGGUGGCAGGCGAGGAGGAGUUCGUCGGCUGCACCGGCCCCGUCUCGACGGGCAGGACUGGCACCGACGACAAUGUCAUGAGGUAGAUUAUACUCGCCGCCGUGGGUGCAGGCAGGGUCUCCAGCGCGUCCGGGAGCAGGUCAGCGAAGACGUCCAGCUGUCGGCGCAGUCUGUCGGCGCCAGCGAGUGCUAGGUCAGUCGCCGUUUCGUGAAGCAUCCGUUUGUACACGAUUGCUUAUAGAGAGAGUUCCUCCUAUUGUGUCUCCUCUCUGUCCUCCCAACGCCGACGGUUCGACCCGUCAUGGGGCUCGUUCAGAUCAGAAUUCCGAGUCGGACGGACACAUAAUUCGAUAAGUAGCAGGGUAUCCUUCUGGCGCUGGUAGGAUUGGUGGAGUG